AUGUUGCCAUCCGAAGAUGAAAUUGAACAAAUGGUAUUGAGUAUGAGUUUACAAGAAGAAAAAAUCCGACAGCAACAACAAGAAAUUACAGAGUUGAAACAAGAAGUUACACGAUUGAAGAACCAAAUUCGCAAUCUCCAACAUGUUUCACAACCCUUGGUCUCAUCAUUCUCUCCUGUGACCUUGCCAAGUCACAAUUCUCUUCAUUUAUCAAGAUCGGCUUCGAGUGGUCGUAUCAAUGUUCGAAAUUCAAACGUUGACGUGAUGCAUCAAUAUCCGAAUAACAUUAUCAACAACAACUCUUCUCCGAUGAGAAGAUCCAAUCAACUACCCUCGACUCCACUCGCAGAACAAUCCAGAAUUGUGAAAGAAUUUGAAGAAAAGAAACAAAGAAUUCGUUCAUCCAAACUGUCGAGAUCUGACAAUGAUUCAAUCAAUUCUGGGAGCAGCAGUUGUAGAAGUAGUAGUAAUACGAAUUACUUCUCUGGUUUAACCUUCUUCCGAUCUCCUCAAAACGCUAAUCAGAUCUCGUUGCAUCCUCUUGGAAUUCUGUCCCCUGACAAUAGGAGUAGACAUUCAACAAGUACUUCAUCUUCUUCUUCAACAUCUCCUCAUUAUGGACGUGGUAGUAGACCACAACCAUCGUGCAGCAUUGAUCUUGAUCGAGAGUUAGCAUUUCAAUUACAAUACGAAACAAGUCCUUUGGAAGAAGACUUGGAAAAUCAUUUAUUUUCAAGUGAGCACAAUCAUCAUAAUGACGAUCGGCACCAAGUAGUGGAUCCAUUCUCGUAUCUCAAUACUCAUCCUGUUCCAGACCUGAACAACAACAACAACAACAGGGACCUUGUAAAUAACACUUUGGAUGCAGAUGAAAAUAGAUAUGAUGUCUUGAUUCAGUUGGAAGAUGUUAAGGUCGGUGUCAAACCAGAAAUGAUGAGAUUAUUGCGUUCAAUGCCAUUUUCAGAUUCAUACGGAAUCAAUAAGGAUUGUUGCAUAUGUUUCAACAACUUUUCCAUGAAAGAGAUGGUCACCUGUUUGCCAUGUAAACAUCAAUAUCAUAAUCAUUGCAUUAUGAAGUGGUUCAAAGAUCAUCACACAUGUCCUAUUUGUAAAACUGAUUUAAAUGAAAGCAAACAGAAAGGUGAACAGUGA